GCCUGCUCGCAAGAAGAUUAUAUAGUCCCGGAGAGCGCAAGAGAGCACCACCCACUUCUUCCCCCACCCACUCUCUCCCCUUCUUUCUUCUCGGCGGAGGCGACAGGAAGCGGCGAACGCGGAACCCUAGCCGCCUCCCACAUCCGCAAGGCCGGCGGCGAUGGCGGCGAUUCGGUGCGCGGCGAGGAGGAUCGGUGGCUCCCUGCUCCAGCGGACGCAGGCGGCGGUCGUGGAGGAGGGACCACGCCGGCUCGCGCCAAGCAGGCUCAUGCGCUCCCGCCAGCUCUCCAGCCAGGUCUCCGGCGAGCGUGCUGGCAAUAUCCUGAAGGAGGAGGAGUUGGACUGGAAGAAGAUGAAUGCGGCGUUAGAUAAGUUGGCGGAGCUCCAAAAGGAAGCAGGGCCAUCCGUAUUUGUACUGCGCAUGAUGUCUAUCGGACGUGCGGCUAAGACUGUGGUUGUUGGAGCUGCCAAGUUGACACUUGUGUUUGUGGCUGCCGCUGUUGCUUUUGGUGGCGAUGGGGUAGAAGCCGAAGCUAGUACCAAGGAAAGCCAGUGACUUAUGAUGGGAAAGAUGAGAACCAAAGAUGGCCCCAGAUGUUUUAAGUUAAAUUAUGACCUCUGCAGUUUGGCUAGCUUGCACUAUAUAUGCUAUGGGACCCUGUGGUAUCAUGUUACUAUCUAUCUAUCUAUCUAUCUAGAUCUAUCUAUUCCAGUAGGUUAUGCAUGAAACUGUAGCUUGAUGCAAACAUACUUGCAUGGCUUGUAUCGUACUGUCAUCCAUUGCUGGUGUUUUUGCAAGUGCUUCCGGCUCCAAGUGAUUGCAAUCAACUUACUUAGAAGUGUUCACUCUGUUAAAAAUGAAGUUGUGGCACUGGGUUGUUGUCCCUUUU